UACCUAUAUAUUGAGAAACAUCAGAUCCCUGAGCAUUCAACCAACAACCAACACAAUAUCCCAUUAGCAAAGAUUUUCAAGAAAUCAAAAAUUAAAUUUAGAAAAUGAGUUCAACAAGCAAGGCAUGGGUUGAGGCAGUGAAAGAACAAGGAGUGAGUAGGUGGAAUUGCACCAUCAAAACAAUAAAUCAGCAUGCAAAGAACAAUAUAAAGUCAUAUUCACAGGCCAAAAAAAUCUCUUCUCAAUCUUCUUCUAUGGUUUCUUCAAACAGUAAAGCAAAGCAGUCUGAAGAGUCACUUAGGAAAGUUAUGUACUUGACCUGUUGGGGUCCAUAUUGAAUCUAAUAAUAGUGUUAUUUUUUGUAAUUCUAGUUUGAGGCCCAAUUGCUUAGAAAAUAAAUUAUU